UUGAGUUAGUUGUAUUUUGUGUUUUUCUUAUAAUGUUUGCGUCCACUUCCAUUUGGUGGAUAAGUAUUAUAACGCUAUGUCUAUUAAUUUUUACAAUUUUUUAUUAUUUUUGUACUUCGACAUUUAGUAAAUGGGAUAAGAUCAAUGUAUCUUAUGUUCGACCAAUUCCACUAUUUGGUAACUUCUUCUAUGUAGCUUUUGGAAUGCAACACCCCAUAGAUUUUUAUAGGAAAAUUUAUUAUGAGCUGGCUGGUCACAAAUACGGAGGAUUAUUUCAGAUGCGAACCCCGUAUUUGAUGAUCCGCGACCCGGAAAUAAUAAACAAUGUGCUUAUCAAAGACUUCUCAAAUUUCCCUAAUCGUGGUAUUUACUCUGAUUUCUCAGCGAAUCCCCUGUCGAACCAUCUAUUUUUUAUGGAAAAUCCCCAAUGGAAAUUAAUCAGGAAAGUAUUGAGUCCAGCGUUCACUUCAGGCAAACUCAAGCAAAUGUACGAUCAAAUCAAAGAAUGUGGUGAUGGACUAAUGAGAAAUAUCCAUAAAAAUUUUAUGAAAACUGAAAAUGCAAUUGAAGUGCGAGAUAUUUUGGGAAAAUAUUCAACCGACGUCAUCGGCACUUGUAUUUUUGGUUUAAAAUUAAAUGCCGUAAACGAUGAUAAUUCUACAUUUCGGAAAUACGGGAAGACUAUAUUUGCUCCAUCACUCAGAGUACAUUUAAGGGAAUUGAGUUUGAUGAUAAGUCCUACUCUUUUGAAUAUCCUAAAGAUUAAGGAUUUCCCAGCGGACGCAACUGAGUUUUUCCAUUCAGCAUUUCACGAAACGCUAACAUACAGGGAAAAAAACAACAUAGUCAGAAACGAUUUUGUUCAAACCUUGAUACAAGCAAGAAACGAUUUAGUUUUGAAUAAAAAUAUACCUCAAGGAGAAAGAUUUUUAGAGUCACAAAUUGUUGCCAAUGCAUUUGUUAUGUUUGCUGCUGGAUUUGAAACCGUAUCUACUGCUAUGAGUUUUUGUUUAUAUGAGCUAGCGUUGAAGAAGCAUAUCCAAGACAAAUUACGCGAAGAAAUUAAUUUGAAAUUAUCGAAAAAUAACGGACUGGUUAAUAACGAUUUGUUGUUGGAACUAAAUUACUUAGAUAUGAUUUUAGCAGAAACACUCCGUAAGUAUCCGCCGACCUUUGCUUUAUUUAGAAAAGCAUUACAAACAUAUCACGUACCAAACGAUUCAUUAACUAUUGAAAAGGGUCAAAAAGUUAUAAUUCCUAUUUAUUCACUGCAUUACGAUCCAAAGUAUUAUACGGAUCCUGAAGUAUUUGAUCCAGAAAGAUUUUCACCUGAAGAAAAAGCUAAACGUAUAAGUGGUACUUAUCUUCCAUUUGGCGACGGACCUCGAAUUUGUAUAGGGAAACGUUUCGCUGAGUUGGAAAUGAAAUUAGCUUUGGUUGAAAUUCUAACUAAAUUUGAAGUAGAACCAUGUGAAAAAACUGAAAUUCCCAUACGAUUCAGUAAAAAGGCUUUGAUUACAGUGCCAGAAAAUGGAAUUUGGCUAACAUUUAAAAAAAUAACUAAUGAUAGCUUUCUUGCCGAAACGAAAAUGUUUGAAUUCGUCUACGAACUGUUCGAUCUGAAAAUGCUAUUGGUCACCGCGUUUUUCGGGGCCAUAUACGUGUACUCUACCUGGACCCACAGCCACUGGUCAAAACUGGGCAUAUCCAGUCCGUCGGCGCCGGUGCCGUUGUUCGGGCACGCGAUGCCCUCCAUGUUGGGCCGAAUGCACUUCAUGGACGUGCUGCACGACCUUUAUCGGCAGCUGGGCGACCAGCGGUUUGGCGGCAUUUAUACGAUGCGAACACCGCAGCUGCUCGUCAAAGACCCAGAACUAAUAGGACACAUAUUGAUUAAAGACUUCAACAACUUCACAGACCGCGGAUUAUACGCCGGCACGCACACGAAUCCGCUUAACAAUAAUAUAUUUUUCACGCGGGGCGAACGAUGGAAAACAAUGCGGCAAAAGCUCACUCCCACGUUUACGGCAAACAAACUGAAAUACAUGAACGAUCAGGUAAAGGAGUGCAGCGACAGUCUGCUGUUGACCAUUGGCAAGACCCUGAACGAGGACGCCGGCCGGAUUGAAAUCCGUGAAAUGAUGGCCAAAUACUCGACCGACGUGAUCGGCAGCUGCGCGUUCGGCCUAAAGCUAGACGCCAUCAAUGACCCGGACUCGGAGUUCCGGAAACACGGUAAAAACGUUUUCCAGCCAUCUCUGAGGUCCAAGAUACGAGUGGCGAUCAUAUUCAUGCAGCCGUCCUUGCUGAGCAUAUUCCGCGUGCAUCACUACUCGCAUCGCACCAUCCGAUUCUUCCACGACGCGUUUCGACAGACGAUCGAAUACCGAGAGAAACACAACGAAGACCGCAAAGACUUUGUACAGCAUCUGAUGAAGGCCAGAGAAGAUCUGGUGUUGAACCCGAAUCUAAAACCCGAAGAAAAAUUUACUGAAAUGGAUAUUGUGGCAAAUGCGUAUAUUCUAUUUAUCGCUGGUUUCGAGACUGUAUCUACAUCAAUGAGUUUUUGCCUAUACGAGUUAGCAUUAAGAAAAGAUGUCCAAGAUAAAGUUCGAAAAGAAAUAUUGGAAAUUAAAUCGAAGUAUAAUGGACAAAUGAAUAGUGAAUGUCUUAACGAACUUCAUUAUUUGGGCAUGGUGAUUAAAGAAACAUUGAGAAAAUAUCCUCCAUUAGUGACAUUAAAUCGAGUUGUGACUAAGCCUUAUGUAAUACCUGGAACACAGAUUAAGUUAAAAACUGGUUCUAAAAUUGUUAUUCCAGUACACGCCAUUCACUACGAUCCAAAAUACUACUCUAACCCAGAAGCUUUUGAUCCGGAUCGUUUUUCAGACGAAAACAUACAUAAUUUACACCCUAAUACAUAUAUGCCGUUCGGAGAUGGUCCUAGAUUUUGUAUUGGCAAAAGAUUUGCCGAAUUCGAAAUGAAAAUGGCCUUGUCUGAAGUGUUAACUAACUAUGAAGUGAUGUCAUGUGAUAAAACCCAAAUUCCUAUAAAAUAUGUUAUUGGAAGUUUUGUAAAUAUACCUGAAAGCAUUUGGUUAAAAUUUAGAAAA